AUGCGGCCCGGUGAGAGCUUGGACGGCUCAUCACGCACGGCUCACGGAUCAUGCGUUAGCGCCAAUCGGAGUAUGAAGAGGGACCCUGCCAGCGCGGACCACAGGGGCAUGACGGGGCACCAUCGGGGGACGGCAAGGCUGCGAGCUUUACUGUGGAGUCUCGUCCUGUGCUGUCUAUCUACUCCUUCGCAAGGAUGGAUGAUGGAGAUUGUGGACUAG